AACCCAAACAAACAUUACGAAGGUAGAGGCGUGUGCCCCAGAAGUACUUAUAAUUUUAUCCUCUCGUUCCCCAUUAGCAGUGAAGAAAUAUUUUAAAAGUGAUUAACACUAAACGUAAAAUUGCUAGUCAAUCGAUGUUGUGCGUUUAAAAAAUCCGGAAGUAACUUCCCCAUCGCAUCGUAACUGCAGAACGGAGCAGAAUGUUCGACAAUGAGAUCAACAAUUACGUGCUGAAGGUAGAAUUGGCAAAAUGUUUCGGCAAUCUUGGAACGGUUUAUCUGGCACAGCACCGGCCCACCCGGCAGCACGUAGCCGUGAAAAAGUUCCUAGUGGAGGAUCUGAAGAACGACAUUACCUAUGUAAUGGAUGAGGCAAAGCACCUGCGCGAGUUCGACCAUCCAAAUAUCCUCAGCUACCACACAGCGUUUGUACACAAUCUCGAUCUAUACUUUGUUCUACCGCUCAUGUGUUACGGCUCGUGUAGGGAUACGAUGAAUAACUACUUCGAGAUUGGCUUCCCGGAGCCAAUUCUGGUGUGCAUCCUUCGGGACAUCUUACAAGGACUCGUGUAUUUGCACUGGAAAGGUUACAUCCACCGAUCGAUCCGGGCAAGCCAUGUCUUUCUCAAUGAAACGCGUGCCGUACUUGGUGGCUUUCGCGUGUGCACUAGCUUUCUUGGCGAAGGUAAACGGAUACGCAAUCUGCACGAGCUUCCACCACACUCUGUGAAAUCACUGAACUGGCUAGCACCGGAAGUUCUGGCACAGAAUCUGACCGGCUACACGGAAAAAUCGGACGUGUACAGUUUGGCGAUGACGGCAUACGAGCUGGCAAACGGUGUGGAGCCAUACUUCAAUAUUACGGCCACACUUAUACUGGCGGAGAAAUUAAAAGGUGGCGUUUAUCUACCGAUGCUGCUGGAUGCAACUACCGUGCCGAGCGAAGACUCACAACCAAAUGAAGCGGCAACACCAUUGAGACAGAUCUAUGCCUCCAGACAAUUCUCCGAUGCGUUACACAAUUUUGCCGAACAAUGUUCGGAAAGGGAUCCGAAAAACCGACCCAAUACCUCCGCCUUAUUAUCGCACCCUGUAUUCAAACUGGUUACUCACACCAACAUUCGAGAGCAGUUUGCACUACACUGCAUACAAACCGUCGACUUUGAUUCAAUUCAAGAUUCCGACAUAAAUCUGACCGACAGCUUCUCGCAGAUGCGUAUGGACGCUGGAGGCUCCUUCGAGUGGGACUUUGAUGAAGCGUAACGGUGAAAUAAUCAAAUAAUAACGGUGAAAUAAGCAAACGUAAAAUAUUCCAUCUGUUGUAAAAGCAGCGGUUUGGCCGUUCUUCAUAAAUAAAAACAUUCAAAGCGGAAUGUGUUGGCAAUUAGGAAAAUUUCUUCGAUUCCUAUAAAUGUUGUAACACGGCGCAGAAGUUACAUAAAAGCUAAUAGAAACAAGGGAAAACAACCACAUUUGGAUGAUGUUUUCAAGAAACAUUUAAUUCCACUGCUGUUUGCAACAGAAGAUCGUCCAGAUGUUGUCCAGAACCAACGGACGGUGAAAGAGAACCAGAAACAAAAUAUCUAUAAUCUCAUCGUUGCGGUAGAAGUUACCGCACUUUUGUUUCGUGGUGUUACUGCUAUAAUUAUGUUUUUUAUCGGCUUUAUAACGCGUUGCAUAGUUUCACAUUAUAUACACGAAAAAUACAAAAAAGUGAUAAAAAACUAAUAAAAAAAUACAAUUUAAAACA